AUGAUGUUACCACACCGUCUGUUGUAUUUAUUGGCUUUGCUUCUCAGUAUUGCCUCUUUAUGUUCUGUGUCUGAAGAGAUUCCACCUGCUGCAGUUGGUCCUUCUGGUGAUCCGGAAUAUCUGGUGGUUAAUUUUGGUAUUGCUAAUUAUAGGCGUAAAAAUAGAGAACCAGCAAACAUAAUCCCUAAUGCUCAUAAUGGUAUACCACAACCGCCUCAGGAAAGGGCACAAGCGUUGGAAGAGGAUCCUAGUCCUAGUGGUAACCAGAAUGGCCCUUCUGGUGGUAAACCCGGUGAUAAAGGCCAUAAAGAGCAAUUGAAGGCUGCGGAAGGGCCGCAAAAAGAGGCGAGUGAGAGAGAAAUAACUAAGGAACAUCAACAUUCUGCGGUGGGUAAGAUAGAUGAUCCUACUGGAAAACUUCAGGGAAUUCAAACACAACAAUUAUCUGAAACCGCCCCAAGUUCUUCUUCGUCUGUUGUUUCUUCUGCACCACGUGCUGGUGGCCCAACAAAAGGUGAAGAAACCUUAUCUAAGCAGAGNACUAGUAGAGUUUAUUGUUGUUUCAAGUAUUAUUGUAGCUGA